AUGGUUGCUGCCUUGUUAAAGAUGAUCACUUUGUUCGCUCUGUCUUCCCUUCUGAUCCUUAACGGAGCCAUCGGCGAUCUGAUAUGCGAGGAGUUGCCAGUAGAGCUGUGCGCCUACUCGAUCUCGGACACAGGGAAAAGAUGCGUGCUGGAGAACUACUUGGCCAGGAAGGGGAUGAGGCAUGCAUCAACGACUGCGGCCUUGACAGAAACUGUUUCAGCUAUUGCCUCCUCUUCUGAUUACCUCCUCUCCCCCAACUUCGUUGCCAAGCUCUGCUCCCAGCCCUGUUUCAGCUAUUGCCCCAACAUCCUCGAUCUCUACUCCAACUUGGCUCAAGCUGAAGGAAUGAACUUGCAUGAUAUCUGCAUCAGGGGAAAUGCUGUUUCUCGUAGCGCAUUGUACAUUCUGCCCAAGAGUUCAGGCGGUGUUGAUGGUGGUGCUGCAGGAACUGCUGGGGAAGGAAAUGGAGCAAUUGGAGCCCCAGUCGGUUCUCCUCUGUCUUCCCCUGCUUUUCCUUUUGCGGAUGAUGGUUCUACUACUGCAUUUGCUUCUUCGCCUGACAACUUUUGA